GGCAGUCCGUUCGCACUGUCAGUGUAGUCUAUUCCUCUAUCGUAUGUCAAUUUUUCGCGAAAUUUUUUUUCGUCGUCUGAAAUUAAUGUCAUUAAUUAACGCAGUAAUUCGCCCGACAGUAUAUUUCCCGGAAACGAAGCUCCAAUUUUUUGCGGUUUGAAGUAUCAUUGGUCGAAGUGGUAGCUUUAUUGAUGACAAGACAUAAUGUUGAACAAUGUCACAAAACUAUUACUUAUCUGUUAAGUUUCAUCUCCAUCCGGAUGGAAAUAUGGCAAAGUUUCUUCUUUCUGUUUUCCGUGAUUUAAGUGUUUCGUAGGGUGCUGGUCGGUUGAUAUGAAGUGAAGUGCAGAGGAUUUUUCAUGCACUUACAUAAUGGCGUGGAAAAUGUGUAUCGCGUUAUUUGGUGGAGGAAAGUGGGCGAAAAAUCUACCACUAGCUGUGGGGUCGAGCUGACCGCCUGGCUCCGUCAUGGCAGUAUGGCGACUCUCCAACGUCAUCUUGAUACCAAUUUUCUUGUCUGCAGUCUUGAAAAUAACUGAUGGGUGGCGAUGGUCAUGGCGGUGCGUGGAGGGUAAAUGUGUGCGGAGCGAAGAUGGAUCAUCACACGGUGUCCUCCAAGACAUGGGUCAGACGCUGGAGGUGUGCAGACUUACUUGCGGUCAGUACGGGGCACUGUGGCCCCGACCAACUGGACCCACCUCUCUUAGCGACCGGGUCGUUCCGUUUCACCCCGGAAGGGUGAUCUUCAAUUUGGCCGACGUGGCUGGACGUCGGGUGGCAGGAAAGCGAAGCUCAAUCGCACAAGAGUUCCUAGCAUUCACAGCUCAGAGCUUCGUGUCCGCCUGGCUUGAGCAAUGUGGCGCCAACUGCUCGAAUGAAUUCGACAAUGACGUCACGGUUAGAAUUACCACAAAUUCGUCUGAUACUGCACUUCACUGGCAGACCGACGAAUCCUACUCCCUCCAUGUUGAGACUCAAGGUAGCAAGGUGGACGUGCACAUAGGCGGGAGGACGAUCUACGGGGCGCGGCACGGGAUGGAGACGCUGAACCAGUUGAUAUCCGGCUACUCCUCGGACGCUUACAACUACCUGGUCAUCGUUUCCGCGGCGAAGAUCUCGGACAAACCGGUGUACGGGCACCGCGGACUCAUGCUGGACACCGCGCGGCACUUCAUCCCUGUGGACAUGAUCCUGAGGACCCUCGACGCCAUGGCCAUGAGCAAGCUCAACGUCCUCCACUGGCACGCCACCGACUCGCAGAGCUUCCCGCUCGAUGUGCCCAGCUUCCCCGAGUUUGCCAGGUACGGAGCUUACUCGUCAGCGGAGACCUACUCUCCCUCGGAGAUGAAGGAGAUCGUGGGCUACGGUCGGGAUCGAGGGAUCCGGGUCAUUGUGGAGAUCGACGCUCCAGCCCACGCUGGGAACGGGUGGCAGUGGGGCCCGGGCGCCGGCCUCGGGGACUUGGCCGUCUGUGUCAACAAACAGCCGUGGCGCAAGUUCUGCGUCCAGCCCCCGUGCGGCCAGCUCAACCCCGUCAACCCCAACACCUACAAGGUCCUCCGAAGCCUCUACAGGGAUCUAAUCGCUAUUUUCUCAAGGAGGGAGAUGUUCCAUAUGGGCGGAGACGAGGUUGCAUUUUCGUGUUGGAAUUCAACUGUCGAAAUUCGUCAGUGGCUGGAGAAACACAACAGAACGAAAACGACCCGGGAUUAUUUGCAACUAUGGACGGAGUUUCAAGAUCAUGCCCUGAAAAUCUACGACGAAGAAGUCAACAGCACGAAAACGCCGAUUAUCCUCUGGUCCAGUGAACUGACGCAACCGGACACAAUAACACUGGAUCCAAAUAGGUACAUCAUCGAGACGUGGACGGAGCGGAAGAAGGACGUUCCUCAGCGGCUCCUGGCCAAGGGGUACCGGAUCAUCGUGGCGAGCAAGGACGUGUGGUACCUGGACCACGGGUUCUGGGGGUCGACCAAGUUCUCCGACUGGCGGAACAUGUACAACUACCGGCUCCCGCCGGGCGCGAGGGUGCUCGGCGGCGAGGUGGGUAUGUGGUCCGAGUACGUGGACGAGAACAACAUGGAGCCGCGGGUCUGGCCUCGGGCGGCCGCCGUCGCCGAGCGCCUCUGGAGCGACCCCGGGACCUCGAGCCAGCAGGCCCAGCCUCGCUUCCUCGCCCACCGGCAACGGCUCGUCAAGCGGGGGAUCAACGCUGCCGCUGUCCUGCCUCAGUGGUGCGAACAGCACGAUCAAGAAUGUUCCUAGAGAUCUGGGUGGUCUUUUUCACGAAUCGUCCAGACACUAGUACUGUCGCGCUAAGGGAAAACGCCGUAUGAGCCGUCACAGAGAUAGCCACCGUUGGUAUCAUGGGCGUAGCUGCUAAGGAGCCAGAAUUUGAAAGAGGAUCAUUUGGACUGCAUUUUGCAAUUUGGAACUAUAAAUUCUGACCCGG